UUUAGGUAUCUAGGGAAGAUUCACUUAAGUAACUAGUGCGCGUUAACCUGUAUGGCAGCAAGCUUUGCAAGUAGUGAUCAUCAACCUGAAGUAAAUAACAUCAGGCACAAAAAGUAAAGUGGACAUGAGUGGUAUGCCAGACUAUCUGAGGAGAAGAAUCAACAGAUGGCCCGACUACAAAAGAAAGUUGCAGCCCUCUGUGUGAAUGUCACUGUACCUCAAUCCUCUACCCCACAAGUUUCACCUGGGGCUCUUCGUCACUCUCAAUCCCAUCCUCAUCAAGUUCCUCUAUGUCAGCAUCAUUCUCCUGAGGUACUUGAGCACUUGUUUCGGAUUCUUGCUGCUCCGUCCCAGGCUGAAUGUUGUUGAUUUCAGCUUUAUAUUUCUGAGGUACUUGAGCACUGGUUUCAGAUUCUUGUUGCUCCGGCCCAGGAUGAAUGUUAUUGAUUUCAGCAUUAUAUUCCGGAGGCACUUCAGCACUGGUUUCAGAUUCUUGUUGCUCCGGCCCAGGCUGAAUGUUGUUGAUUUCAGCAUAAUAUUCUGGAGGUACUUGAGCACUGGUUUCAGAUUCAUGUUGCUCCGGCCCAGGAUGAAUGUUAUUGAUUUCAGCAUUAUAUUCCGGAGGCACUUCAGCACUGGUUUCAGAUUCUUGUUCCUCCAGCCCAGACUGAAUGUUGUUGGUUUCAGCAUAAUAUUCUGGAGGUACUUGAGCACUGGUUUCAGAUUCUUGUUGCUCCAUCCCAGGAUGAAUGUUAUUGGUUUCAGCAUUAUAUUCCGGAGGCACUUCAGCACUGGUUUCAGAUUCUUGUUGCUCCGGCCCAGGCUGAAUGUUGUUGGUUUCAGCAUAAUAUUCCGGAGGUACUUGAGCACUGGUUUCAGAUUCUUGCUGCUCCGGCCCAGGCUGAUUGUUGCUUAUUCCACCAUUAUUCUCCUGAUGUACUAGAUCAUUUGUUCCAUGUGCUUCUUCCUUAUCCCACAGACUGCUCUUCUCAAUACCACAGUGGCUAAGCAAUGCCCAGAUGAGGGUUAUGAACUCGUCUCCCGACUCGAGCUGAUACUUGUGAUCUGCUGCAUUCCAACUUGGGGCCAUGUGCACAAGUAAGUCGGCCCACACUUCAGCUAGUAUCUUCCAACGGCUUUCUUGAUCCUCGUUCUUGAUCAGGGCCGAGCCAAGAGCAGCACCUUGCUGCACUAUGUUCAUGCCCGUAACCCUAUCCACUUUCUUCAGCGCGUCUUCUUCCGCUAUGGCAAUGAGUUUGCUAUAACUACACUUUCUCAAGUUGCAACCUUUGAGGUGUUCAAGAACAUCUUGUAAU